AUGGCUCGAAACAAGGAAAACAACCCGUUGUCGUCAAGUAGGCGCAAUGAUCAGCACUCCAGAAAUCCUCCGAGCGUAGACUUCUUCACCGACAGCCUGCUCGAUGACUCGCGUCUCUCCAGCACCUCCCUAAUUCCAUCACCUUCGAAGGCGAAGCCCGCAGCAGUCAAACCCCGACGCGCCCUCCCUGCGACUAGAGCGUUGCAGACAGCCAAAGAUUUGGGCAACAAACAGAGUCGUACCUCGCUGUUGGAUUACACGAAUGCGCGCACAAGCAAGCAGCUAAAAUCGUCGCCCAAGCUUACGAAGAGGAAGAGCCCGAGUCCUACACGAACAAAUGGACUCACCACACCACCGCAGUCCAGACAUGGGCCACCCGUCAGGAGUCCCAGCGAGUUCUCGAGCCCUCCUGGCGGCCUCCAUGAGUCGUACCAGAGAAUAGCAGACGAAGAGGAUCUUGCGGCCACAGAAAGAGACGUUGACAGUGACGAGGAGGGAAUUGAAAGAGACCAGCCGGACACCAUAGAGCUAGAUAUGAACGCCAUUGUCCCCGAUGAUGUACAAAGUAAGGGACACAAAUAUGAGGACCGUGCAUCAAACCACACGACACCUAUUCAAUCGCCUAUCGAUGACCGGACCGGGAGUCUAUCUGCACCUCCUACCCUUGGUACGUUGGAUUUCGUUCAGAACGAGAUGUCCGACCGUGUGCUGGCCGAAAAAUUGACGCCUCAUGUUAUUGAUCGCGCACGGGAUCGAGCAAGACUCCAACGACUGCGACAAAGCGUGCCAAUCAACUUUGGGGACAGAGCGAAUGGGAAGGUUGAUGGCGGACAUCGGCGCGACGAUCUGGCUAGUAUCGUUAAUCGUGGCCCCAUAUCGUUCAACAAUAUCCUAGGUGCUGGCGCAAACGGGCUGCACAAGGCGUAUUCAGACACUAGCGCCGAUACCACCCCGAAAAGAAAGCUUCGUCCACUCAGCAAGAUUAGUCGUAGGCUGGAGCCCAGGGCUGUGCCGGAAGAUGAUGGUUCUGGGAGUGACACACCAGAUGAACUUCGGGAAGUGGAAAGGACAGUCGACCUGACCAAAGCUCGCCAAAACAUGGAGUCUGUGGUAGGAACCGAAGGUCUGGUACCUGGUCUAGACCCGAGGGCGGCGGCAUUCUCUCGCUCCUAUGGUGGGCUCGGACCUUAUCAAGACCCCUCGAGGACACGCAAUUACCGACCGCCGCAGAGUGACCUUACAACCGCGUCGGUAUCUUCGACGCACUCGGAGCCUACUUCAGCAGGCACUUAUGAUAAGCAGACUAGGGAUUCAACACGUGCCUUCCUUGCUAGAUGGCGGCACGACGCGGUUCAGAGACGCGCCGCUAAAGCGAAAGAAGAUGCAGACAAAAGAGAGUCCGAUCCCGAGCCAGCAGCUGCAGAAGAACAUCUUGCUAUCUCGCAAAAGUACGGGGACGAUGCCGAGUCCGAAAUCGAUUGGGCGGCAGCAGGGGCCGACGUCCCAUUGCCAUCGAUCGAACAGAGUUCAACGCCUCGAGACAGCACCCCAUUGAAGACGCUGCCUUCUUCCAUCUCCAAGCAGAGCUCGGUCGACCGAAUAAGAAAGUGGGAAAACGAUUUCACUGGCAUGUCAUUCCAAGUCUCUGAAAGCCCACCAAUUCGAGGGCGGAACAACCUGAACGACUCAUUGAGGGAGAAGGAGAUGGAAGAUCUUAUGAAACGGGCUGUGACCUCAGACCGUUUGGAUGAAAUCCGUGUGAAAGACCCUAACGUGGUUGUACGGAAGCCGUCACGCAAUUUCACUCCCGAGGAACGCAAACCAGCGCCUACGGAACCACGAGAGCAAUCGCCGGUCAGUCAGUUCCAUGGUAACCCUGAGGUGGGUCAAGCAAUUCCGGACACGCCAGUUGUUGUGUACAGGUCGUCGAGCCAGAGCACAGACAAAUCGAAAUCAUCCCAACGCUCAGUGUCGGAUUCUCUGGAUCAGUUGCAGAGGCUCGCUCGGGCCGUAAGCACAACUCCCCGAGCAAGUCCCGCUCUAAAUGACAUGGUCAGAGAAAUCGAGGAAGCUUCCGCCAUCCCUUUACCACCUUCUGAAGAAGAUCCAAAGGCGCGGUCCCCAGAAACUCGUGCCAAUGGUGUGGCCCUCAGUAGAAGAGUUGCGGAGACGCCAAAGGUUGUUGGCGCGUGGACUGAUACCAUCCUGCCUGAUACGGUCAAGACACAAAAACAGACACAGAAAGUGCCGCAGUAUGCUCAGACCCCUCACAUCAGUGCUGGAGGAUGGAUUGAUACUCCUUUGCCCAAUGGUGCCCGCCUGGCAACUGUCCCUAUUCCUGAAGUCGUCGAGGAAGUUACUGAGCCCGUCACAAAUGCCGAUACCCAGAAGCAAAGCGAGAAGCUGGCCGGUGCGGAAGACGAAAUGGGCCAGUCAGCAGCAACAGGCGAAGAGCGGCCAGAAGCAGUUCCACAGCCUGCCACAACUCAGCAAAUCAUCCUCCCUCCCAGCGCAUUGACAAAUGUGCUUAACGAAGCCAAGCAGAAGCGCCUGGUAUCACGCGACAUCAAUGAAGCUCGCUCGGAUGCCCGUGACGAUACAGACACCCUGAACCUAGGCGAUGCCACCAUUCAGUCCAUGGAAGACCUCCUCACCGACGCUGCGGACAUUACGGCGGAUUUAACCUCGCUUAUCCGAACAAGUGCCGAGGAGGAGGUUCUUGCUCUAAGGCAGAGAAACGAUGCUAUUGUUUCUGCUACCCGAGGUGAUGAGGUGGGAUCCACGUCCGACGUCGCUUUUAUCGGGCAUUUGGCGAGCCGGAUGGAGAGGCUAAUGUCGAAUCUGCACGAAGCACGAAAGGGCAUCUCAAGACUAGAACAGAAAGUUUGGCAUGCACCGGAUCAACAGACUCAAGCCCUCGUGGCGGUGCACGAACCAACGCAGUCCUGCAUGGUAUGCGGCCGAGCCAACGACGACCUCAAAUCCCAUGUCCACCCAUUUUCUCACAUGGUCACAUCAUGGCUGGGUUUCCCGGUAACGUACACGACGUUCACACUCCCCGUUCCACUUCUCUUCCAUCCUCGCGCCGUCGCCACUACUCAAGGAUCCAACUCCAAGACACUUAUACUGCUCCCCGGCCGGCCGACAUGGCUUGGUUACCUCAUCCUAACUUUCUGGACGUGGUAUAUCCUCGAAUGCAUCAUGACAGAGCUGUACGCGCGACCUCUCUAUGCCGAGCGGUAUACUUUUCCGCCACCUGGCGUCACGGAACCGGAGUUCCCAUUCGUUUUGCCAACAAUGCUUUGCCGGGGUUUGUUUGGACAGUAUGGAUCCGUGGUAGUAGGAAUGCUGGGAAAUAUCUUCGAUGGGGCCGGCAGAGUGCUUGUUGCGAUUUAUCGAGUGUUUGCGAUGGCCGUGGGGUGGAGCGAUGGAUUCGUUGAUGACGAGAGGGCAACGCGUGUUGUGGCGGCUGCGACGCGGUCAGCGGUCAAGGUGGCUCAAAGCAUUGUAUCCGGCGCUGAUGGAAGCGAGGGAUUGAGUAUGAUGAAUGACGAACUGGUAUGA